GAAUUCCCGCCCGCAUUUUAAAUGCCCGCCCUUGCACACUUACGUUACUUGGCAGUCGCAUUUCACGCUCCACACACACAAAAAAACAAAAUCUGAUAUAAAGUCUUCACGAAAUAAUAAUAAUAAUAAUAAUAACAAAAAUAAACAUAAAAAAAAAACAAGCAAAUUAAUCGCGGAGAACAGAGAUUUUAUUCUGUAGAGAAAAAGAGAACAAUGAUGCAGUGAGAGUGAGAGUAGAGAGGGUCAAAGCAAGUAAGAAGAAGAAGAAGAAGAAGAGGAAGUUAUUUUGUUAUUGGUAUGAUCAUGGAAUCUCCAGAACCUUCGAAGAACAAUGCAACUUCUUCGGCCUCCACAAUCAAUGCCGUCGCCAUCAAUGACUCCCCUCAAGUUCAAGAAUCACCCUUUUUCAGGUUUGUAAACAACUUAUCUCCUAUAAAGCAACCUGCCAAGGCUUCUCAUGUGGCACAAGGCUUCGUUGGACUCAAUUCUCCGCCUCUUGUAUUCACAUCACCGCGUAUUAGUUGUCACCGUGAAACACACUUAUUGGAAAGACCUUCAUGUGCUCAGUCAUCAAGUCGAUCAGAAUCUCAAAGUGACAAUAGAGGCAAGUUAAUUGAAGCUCCUGGUGAUUCUGCGAAAUCAACUGCUGAACUGCCACCUGCAGGGGAGUUUAUAACUGAAACUGUGAAGGAUUUUGAUGUAAAAAAUGAUGCAACUACUCAACACUGCAGUCCGCCGCCAUCUGUUGAUAAAUAUCUGGUUGAUCCUGUGGAUAUUGAUCAAAUGUACUCUGUCAACCCAGAUGAGAAACAAUCUAACGAUACUGAAUCAUCUCCGAGUAACUUAGCUCAAUCAAAGAAAAGCAUAUCAGAAGUUGACAGCAAAGAUGAUCCUUGUGAUAAAGCAGAUAAACCUUUGAUUUUGUUAGAGAAAGUUGAUAAGGCUCAAACAGGGCCAGCAUAUGUUGAAGGGCAUGAUCAAAUAACAGGGGAGAAAAAUGAUGUUUUAAUGGCUUUGCACAAGCGCAUGAAGGAUAAUAAUGACUGUACAUCUCAGUUGCUUCCCGAACAGACUCUGCAGGAUGUUAAAGAUUGGGAAGAUUGUGAUGAGAUGGUGUCAACCUCACAUGUAGGUGCUGAGAACGUGUCACAAGAUGCUUCUGAGGUUACUCUAAAGCAUCAUGGCCUUCGUAGACGGUGUCUACAAUUUGAGGAGGCUGCAUCUAAUGCUCUUGGAAGUGAUAAAUCUUGUAUGAAAUCAAAUGCAGCUCCAAUCAAAAUAAAAAUGGUCAAGCUGUCUGAACCUGGCACUUCUUCCUUGUUUACUCAAAGAUGUAGUGGAAACUCAACUGUGACAUGUCCCAAGCCAUCAGGCAUUGGAUUGCAUUUAAAUAGCAUUGUAAAUGCUAUGCCUCCUGGUUGUGCUGCAACUACAGGUAUUAGAUCAUCAGAUUGUUUACAAGGGAAGAAAUCUGCAUUGAUUAGUAUAAAUAAAGUGGAGAACAUGAAGGGACGCCUAACUUCAUCAAAUAUAGAUGGGCAAUCAUUAAUUGAUAGUGGAAAUGAGAGCCAAGCCAACAUUUCCUCACUACCCGUAGAUUCUUUCAUUUCUGGGUCUCAUAGCCCUACAGAACCUGUUGCUAUAUGUCCUGAAAGUCUCCAUGAUAAGAGGAAACUAAGCCCUACAGGUGAUGGAUAUCCUGAGGAAUCCAAGCAACCUAGCCCGAGCAAGAAAAAGAAGAGAGCAUCAAGCAACAAUGAUGAUAAUGGCUGUAAAAGGUGCAACUGUAAAAAGAGUAAAUGUUUGAAACUUUAUUGUGAUUGUUUUGCUGCUGGAAUCUAUUGCGCUGAUGAUUGUUCUUGCCAAAGCUGCUUGAAUAGACCAGAGUAUGAAAAUAAAGUUAUUGAAACAAGGAAACAAAUUGAAUCCCGUAAUCCUCUUGCAUUUCUUCCCAAGAUUGUCCCUCAAUCCACUGAUCGUUCAUCAAAUAAUAUGGAGGAUGCAAUUCUGAUGACACCUUCAUCAGCUAGGCACAAAAGAGGUUGCAAUUGCAAAAGGUCAAUGUGUCAGAAAAAAUAUUGUGAAUGUUAUCAGGCUGGUGUCGGAUGCUCUAGCGGAUGCCGAUGUGAGGGAUGUAAGAAUGUUUAUGGCACAAAAGAAGAUUAUGUUGCAAGGGAUCAUGUUUUCAAUAAAGAAAGGAUGGGCAGCAGGAUUGAAAAUGAACCAGAUGGUGCUUUUCUCAACAAACUGGAAAUGGUGGCAAGCAAGUCAGAUUUGUAUGACCUGCCCCAUGUCUCACCUGUAACACCAUCAUUGCAAUGCUCUGACCAAGGAAAGGAGGCUGCAAAAUUCGGACUUCAUUCUGGACAGCAUCUACCCUCCUCUGAAACUAAUGUUGAUAUGCUUCCCUCAAGUGCAAAUUAUAACAAGUCUCUGGAGAACUCGCAGAGUGUUCUUGCAAACCUGGAAACAGAUGAGAUGUUGGAAACUGCUUCCUAUGAUUGGCAAGUGGAUUGCAGCGAUGUAAUGGAUCAAUCAUCACCAUGUGAUUUGGUUGCUAACAUACUUCAGGAUACUCCCUUGUCAAAUCCUGAAUCAAUGUCAAGUGCUUCACUGUUCACAUCUAGUACAAAGGAGUGCGGAAACAUUCCUCUAUCCCAAUCACAAGGACGCAUUCGCCUAAUAUCCGGGAGCUCUCUUCGUUGGCGUGGUUCACCAAAUACCCCAAGGGUUAGAUUAGGUGUAAAACACCUUCAAUCUCUUGAUUCUGAAAGCAGACUCUUCGACAUAAUGGAAGAUGAAACACCAGAUGUAUUGAAGGAAGGUUUAACACCCACCAAGUCUGUGAAAGCAAAUUCCCCAAACCAGAAGCGAGUUUCUCCUCCCCAUAGUCGUCUACGCGGACUUGGUUCAAGCUCCUCUGGAGGCUUCAGAACUGGCAGGAAAUUUAUACUGAAAUCUGUUCCUUCCUUUCCCCCAUUGACACCUUGUGUUGAAUCCAAAGAUAAUAGCAGUGAAGAUUUAGGUAACAAUGCCAAGUAACUGAUUCCCAAAACCAAAAGUUUUCCCUCAAUGCGAGUGUCAUGAGAAGAUUUAUGUAAUCUGGUAUGAUUGCUAGCAUCUUUUCUGGUAUGAGCAUGGUACAAAGUUCUGUAUUUCUCUCUCUUUACCCUCCUUUUUAGUUCUUUUUAUUUGGUGCUGUGUUCUGGUGUAUCUAAUGUGUCCUAAUAUUACAGUUUUAAGUGACACAUCUAGCUGUGCCAAACAGGUUCAGAUGACUUAUUUUAUGAACCAUCAGUGCAAAAUUUGAAGUUGUCUGUAUCACCUGUGCAGUAUUAUUUUAGCCAUUUGGAAAAAUUUUUACCUGGAAAAA